ACAUCGCCACACAUAUUGUUUUAGCUCUACCUUCUCCUUCUCGAACAGAUUCACUUCGAUAAGGGGCGCCCAGUAGCGCUUGCCCUUGCAGUCGCCUGCCCCUUCGGCAGCUGCGGCGAAGGCUCAAACAUGCGACUAAGUUGUUGAGCAAAGCAGCGGCGGCAGCCGUUCCAGCGGGCGGCAAUCGCCCGGCUGUCCAAGAUGGAGGCCGUUUCGCUCGUGUCCGCAACGCGCUCAGCAGCCAAAGUUAUUUUACACUGGGCUGAUGCCCUACCACAGCGCUCUCCCUCAGCUGCGUCCCUUAGCUGCGUGGCGUGCAGGCUUCAGCUGUUUGCGCUUGAGCUCGAGCGCACGCCCGAGCGCCAGGCACUGAGCAGCUAUGAGGGUACAGUCAUUGGGGAUAUCUGCGCGCGCAUGGUGUCCUUCGUCCAGUUAGCGGAGGCAGCUUCCAACUUCGGAGACACCGCAGCAGUUUUCCAGAACGGCUACGCGCUGCUCUCCGAGCUCGGUGACCUGCUCGCGGACCUGGAGAGCUCGGUGCUGCGGCUGCCGGUACACCUGGGCAACGAGCCACGCUGCAAGGCCGCGCUGGACGAGCUGCAGGCGCUGCUGGGAAAUGUGGCACAGUACCGCGCGGAGGCGGAGGACACGCGUUGCCACCUGGAGGCCGCGUUGUCGGAGCUGGUGCAGAGCAGUGGCGACCCGUCCGGUGAGGCCAGCCCAUCUGGGUCGAUCGCCGGGGUGACAGCUCAAACGGCGGCGAUGGCCGCCUCGCCUGGUGUGGCAGCCCCGCCGGACCUGUCGCUGAGCGCGCCGCAGCCGCAAGCGCAACCGCCGCAGCGGCAGGAGCCCGGGGGCCCUCAUGGAGAGGUGCUGGACCGCGUGCGGCGCGUGAUCUGCUCCCUGGGCCUGGACGUGGACAUGGCGGAGGUGUCGCGCGAGGGGCUGGACGCCGAGCUGCUGGCGCUGCGGGAGCAGAUGCGGCAGGAGCUGCGGCAGCAGCAGGCGCAACAGCAGCAGCAGCAGGAGGAGGAGGACAGCGAGGGCGAGGAGGAGCAGGCGCGGUUUGGUGUGGCCAUGGUGCUGACCGGCAUUGCGGAGGAGCCGGAGGAGGAGGCGGCAGAGGAGGAAGGCCAGGGCUUGGAGGCAGUGAUGAGCGCGUGGCAGGCCCUGGCGCGGCAGUCGGCGCCGGCGGGUACAGGCGCGCAGGGCGUGGCGCAGGAGGAGCGGGAGCCCACCCGGUCGAGGGUGGAGCGCAAGGGCAGCCGCAGGGCCCGGCAUGGGCCCGGAGGGCCCGAGGACCCGUUUGAUCACGGCAGGAGCUCGGUGGGCGGCCGCACAUCUGCCAGCGGCCGGAUCUCGGCCAGCGGCAGCAGCAACUACGCAAGCUGCGUGUCGUCUCCCUCGUCCGCCAGCCCGCCGGGCCGCAUCAGCGCCGCCGGCAAUGGCUACGUGCCGGUCGAGGAUGGCGAGCAGCUGGCGGCGGCGGCGGCCGCGGCCGCGGUGGCACCGGGCGCAGUGGGGGCGGCGGGGUUGGUGUCGGCGGGAGCUGGUGCUGGGGCUGCCGCGGCGGCGACCCAGUCUGCGGCGCACGGCGCGGCGCUGCAGGCGGCGCAGCACGCCCGCGUGGCGCGGCUGCACGCGGCGCGGCACGUGUCGCGGCGGCUGGCGGCGCAGCACCUGGCCCGGAUGAAGGAGCAGCACCGCCAGCGCCAGCAGCACGUGCAGCAGCAGCUGGACCCGGGGCAAGGGCUGCAGCUGCAGCCGCAGCAGCGGGCUGGCGGGCUGCAGCCACUGCAGAUCCUGCGGCCGCUGGCUGCGCCCGCUGCGCCACCGCCGCCGCUCAUGCUCGCGCCGCUGCGCGAGAGCGACGAGCCGGCGGCGCGGCGGCGCAAGACGGGCGGCCAGCAGCUGACGGACGAGGAGCUGAUGGCGGUGCUCAUGGAGGGCGGCGGCGCACCCGUGGCGGCGGCGGCGGCGGCCGCGGCGGCUCUGGAUGCGGCGGCGGGCACGGCGACGACGCUGCCCGACGCCACCGCCCAGUUGGUGUCCAUGGCAACCAGCUCGGCGCUCACCACCGCCGGCGACAGCAGCUCCGAGGCUGACAGCGAUGAGGAGGAGGACGGUGACAACGACAUGAGCGGCCCAGGCCGCGCCGCCGCCGCCGCCGCGCUGGCGUCGCCGGCCGCCGUGCCUGCCGCGCCCGCAGCCAAGGCCCUGCUUGCGACCACGUCCGCCCCGGGCGAGGAGGCUACUGCAGUGGCGGCGGCGGCGACGGCCGAGCUGCGCUUACGGCGACGCAGCAGCGUGAGCAGCCUUCGCCGCACGCUGAGCAUGGAUGCGGUGGAGGAGGGCGCCGGCCUGGAGGACGAGGAGGGGGAGGAGGCGGGCUUCGCGGAGCAGCUGCCGGAGCUGUCACUGGGCUCGGAGGGCGGCGGCGGCCUGGGCGGCGGGCUGCACGAGGCGGCGAGCGUGGCGGCGCUGCGGCGGCUCAACCGCGUGACGCGGCUGGCGGGCAUGUGGGAGGCGGGCGGCCCGGUGGCGCCGGCCCCCGAGGACAGCGGCGUCGCCGCGGGCUUGGCUGGCCACCCCGCCGCUGCGGAGUCGGAUGCGGAGAGCGCCCGUGCCAAGGUGUCUGCGGGCGGGGCAGCCGCCGCCUGCCCGGUGGUCCCUGCCGCCGCCGCCGCCGGCGAGGCGCCUUGUCAACCGGCGCUACGCCGCCACGUGCCUGACCUGCCAGACCUGCCGCCGCUGCCCGGCUGCGGUGGCGGUGGCGGUGGCAUACUUGGCAGGGCGCUGCCGGCGGUGCAGGGCGGUGGCGCCGCCAGCCCCUUCCUGUUGCUGGCGAUGCAGGGCCGCGCGCCGGAGGCGCCGCCGCCGCCGGUGCUGGGCCGGCUGCUGUGCCCGCUGCCGGCUGCGCCGCAGCCGCAGCAGCAGCCUCAGGCCGAGGAGGAGGAGGCUCCAGCCUCGCCUGCUGGCCGACGCGUGCGCCGCGGCAGCGGCGGCGGUGCCUUCAUGUCACCUCGUGCGGCCGCCAUCGCGCACCGCUUCAACAUGGCUGCUGGUGUGGGCGCCGCCGCGCCCGCGCCGCUGCCCAUGCCUGAGGCGUCCGUCCACCUGCGGGCUGUGGGUCCGCCCGCGUGGCUCGGCCCCUCGCCCGCCGCGGGGCCGCUGGGCCCGCCCGGCUGGGGCCUAGGCCUGGCCGGCGAGCUGGACGCCGCGCUGCAGCAGCAGCAACACCUGCUGGCGCAGCAGCUGGGAGCGCUGGCAGGACUGGCCGGGGGCGGCGGAGCCGUCGCAGGCGGGGGAGGAGCAGGAGAGGGUGGGGCUGGUGCGGCUGCGCCGGUGCUGGAUUUCGGCCCGGACGUGCCCACCCUGGACCUGCACAAGGACAUCAGCGGCUGGGGCGCCUGCCUGGGCCGCGGCGCGUUCGGGGCCGUGUACAAGGCCAUGUGGCGCAACCGGCCCGUGGCGGUCAAGGUGCUCCACGGCGGCGCUCUUGACGCUCGCGACCUGCGCGCGCUGCGCACCGAGAUCUGCCUGCUGGCGGCGCCGCGGCUGCGCUCCGCGCCCAACAUCAUCUCUGUGCACGGCGCCGCCGCCACACCCUUUGGCGACGUGGCGCUAGUGACGGAACUCAUGGACUGCGACCUGUACGACUACAUUCAUCGGCGCCGCCAGAACUGCGUGCCCAUGGAUGAAGUCCUGCUCAUCGCGCGCUCCAUCGCCGCGGGCCUCGCGGCACUGCACCCAGCCAUCGUGCACCGCGACCUCAAGCCCGCCAACGUGCUGCUGCGCCACAGCGCCGUGGGAGCCAAGGAGGGCGCCGCCGGAGCCAAGGAGGGCGCCGGAGCCGCCGGCGCGGCUGGGCCGGCAGGCGCUGGCGGCAGCCGGUUGGUGGUCAAGAUCGCGGACUUCGGCCUGGCCCGUCACAAGCGCAGCCAGUACCUGUCCACACGCGAGCGCAACGCCGGCACGCUCAAGUACCUGGCGCCCGAGUGCAUCGCCAACGGCGCCGCCAGCCGCUCCGGCAGCGCCAGCCUAUCCGGCCCACAGCAAGGCGACCAGCAGCAGCAGCAGCCGGGCUGGUGCGACGGCGAGCUCGGUGGCUGCGUCAGCAGCCUUGCCGGCAACAACAACAACAACAACGGCGGCGGCGGCGGCGGAAACGGCAACUGCAGCGGCAUCACGGAGAAGUGCGACAUCUACUCCUUCGGUGUGCUGCUGUUCGAACUGAUCACCGGGAAGGAGCCGUGGGAGGGCUGCCACCCGCUGUACGCCAUCUGCCAGGUGCAGAGCGGCGCCGUGCUGCCAGUGCCCGACGACCCGCGCCGCUGCCCGCCCGCGCUGCGCGCGCUGGUGCUGCGCUGCCUGGCCUACCGCCACACCUGCCGGCCCAGCAGCGCCGAGCUGGUGGCGGAGCUGGACGCCUUCAUCGAGCAGCACGCGCAGGGCCUGCCGCUGCAGGGCCGUGCGGCGCAGCCGGUGCAGCGGGUGCCGGCGCCGGCGCCGGCUGGCGCUGGGGCGACUACGCCGCCCCCGCUGCAGCUGCAGCCGGGGCUGCCUGCGGAGCAGCAGCACCCGCCGUCGCUGCCGUCGCCGGUCGGCAGCGCGCAGCCGUGCGACCCCAGCCACAGCCAGCACUGCAACAACAUUAACAACAACCCCCACCACCUCGACCACCACCACCUUGACCACCAGCUGCAUCGCCCAGUGCGGCACAAGGACGGCUGCCGGCAUGCGGGCGGCGGCGGCGGCGUUGGCGGCGGCCUCGUGGAGCCGCAGGAGGGCGCCUCCACGGAGUCGGAGUGGGGCGACGCAGAGCGCUGCUGCGGCGGCUUUUAGGCUGUAGCUGCUGUUGUGAACACAUCCGUGAUCCAAAAGAUCCCAUCAUACGAAAAAGAUAUAAGAGAAGAGAACUAGUUGACUAACGCAGUACGGUAGUUGCCGAAACGCCAGUACGUGCAGUACCGAUAGUAACGUUGAUAGGGCCGCGGGCCACAUUUUGUCCGCAGGUAUACUUGUGCUGUACCCAGUUGCCCACGGGGCCGUUUCUGUUUCUUUCUAGUCUCACGUAUGCGGUGUGUGCUCGGAUGGAUUCCUUGCUUAGGGUAUGCGGUAGUCAAGUGGCGCCAUUUGCGUUGAUGUGCAGGUUUGGCACUGGUGUUGCAACGGGGUCGCAUGAAAGGGUUGCGCAGGAGGGAACCCCGUGAGGGAACCCAGUCAGGCUUAGGGAUUGGCCAUGCCCAAAUGUUGGGUGCAGUGCAGACGGCACAGAGUUGCGCGGCAUUGUAUGUGGUUUGGGUUAUAGGCGCGUUGCACGUGAGAAGACCUUUCAGACCCCGAGUCGAGCCGCCGGUUUUUGGCUCGUUUAGGCAUCUACCCAGCACACAAUUCGCCGUGUGCUCGUCUAAACUGAUGCAUUCCUUGAUUCCUUCUACUUUUACGCGUCCGCAGCUGCAAGCUGCCGACAUGCCUGCCCUUCCCCUAGGUUCAAGUCUGCACAUCUUGACUCCGCAAUCGUCACUGCUCACGCGGGACUUUCUUUGCUUCAACUCGUUGUUUAAUAUACAAGUGGCUAUGUGUGGAUGCCAUUGCGUAUCUUGGGAAACGGUAUCAGGUGGACGACAUGGAGGCGAGGGGCCUGCGAGAGGAAUACGGGUUAUGCUUUUGCUUACCAUUUGGAAAGCGGCGGAACAUGCGCACGCGGGCUCACCAUAGGCACACAUUAUCGUCACAGCUCCUGUGAUCCAUUCUCAGGUGUGCUUCCACGUUGUGCCCUGUAAUGUAUUCUUUGC